GCCAACAUUACGGAAUAGUUCGCGCCGACUCAUCAUACGCCCUCUUUCAUUCUUCUGCAUUUGGCAUUCAGCGUUGAAGGUCGUAUUUAGACCUUAGAUUUAGUUUAUUGUUACUUUAAGUCUAAAUAUAGUAAUAAUAAUGGCAAAUAACGAUAAUUUUGCACAAGACGUUACUGAAAAUCAAGUGAAUGGAAAUGCGGAGAACGGUGGCGGUGAUGGCCAAGAACAUAACAGUGCUGAUGCUCCAGGACGCGAUGACGACAGAAAGCUAUUUGUGGGAGGCCUGAGCUGGGAAACCACAGACAAGGAAUUACGUGAUCACUUCAGUGCAUAUGGAGAGAUUGAAAGUAUCAAUGUCAAGACAGACCCAAACACGGGCAGGUCACGAGGCUUCGCUUUCAUCGUAUUCAAAGCGCCAGAUUCUAUUGAUAAAGUAAUGGCUGCUGGGGAUCACACCAUUAAUAAUAAGAAAGUAGACCCUAAGAAGGCAAAGGCGAGGCAUGGCAAAAUAUUUGUCGGAGGUCUCAGCAGUGAAAUUUCCGAUGAAGAAAUUAAAAGCUUCUUCAAUAACUUUGGAACAGUUAUAGAUGUGGAGAUGCCUUUUGACAAAACAAAGAACCAAAGAAAAGGUUUCUGUUUUAUCACAUUCGAGUCUGAGCAGGUGGUCAAUGAACUUCUGAAGACUCCCAAACAAACAAUUGGAGGCAAGGAGGUCGACGUUAAGAGGGCGACGCCAAAACCAGACGGACCCGGGGGAAUGGGAGGGCGUGGCGGCCGCGGCGGAAGGGGAGCGCGUGGCGGGCGCGGGGGCCGCGGGGGCUACGGCGGCCAAGGGGCAUGGGGCAACCAGGGCUACGGCGGCUACGGCUACGGCCAAGGAGGAUAUGGCGGCGGAUACGACGGUUACGGCUAUGGCGGAUACGGCUACGACGGCUACGGGGGCUACGGCGGAUACGAUUACUCCGGAUACCCCAAUUACGACUACGGCGGGUACGGAGGGUACGAGGGCGGCUACGGCGCGCGCGCGGCUCCACGCGGGAAAGAAACAGAAGGCAGACAAGCGGAGGGCCGAUCUGAUGCAGGCUACCAAGGCGGCAAGCAGCGCGGGGGCGGCGGCGGUCGCGCCAACCAGAGGCACCAGCCCUACUAGACACAAACCAGUACCUGCCGAUAGUCAUCUCAGUCCAAUAGUAAGCUCAGUCGCUUCACACAUGCUAUUCACAUCGGUGCGGGUGCGUAGGUCGGCAAGGGCUAACUCUGAACUUGUGUUGCAGAUUAAGUGAUCGGUCGUGCGCGUCCCCCGCGCCGCAGCCGCCGCCGCCGCCGCCGCCGCCGCCGCGCCGGGGACGCGACAUUCCAUUCCACAUAAUUAAUAUUUAAGAAAUCUUUUUAAGAAAAUUUUUAAGGAUAAAAAGUACGUCGCGUAUGUGACGUGACCGCAUCCGGAGCGGUCGUUGCAUUAAAUUAAUAUAAUAUAGUAUGGAUUAAUAGAUUAACUUGAGUAUUAUUGCUGAUUAGAUUCAAUUUUGACAUUAUAGUAUCGAAAUCUUACCUUUUGAACUGAUUCUUAGAGUAAUAAUUAUACAGAGCUUAAAGUUAGAGAGUAACGGUCUCCGACGGCGCGCCGGGUCCGUGUGUGCAAGCGUGCGUGCGUGUGUGUGUGCGUGCGUGUGAGCAGCCGCCCUCCACUCAGCGAUGAUUGUUCUGGAUCUCAUUGCAGAAAAUGUUGUAGAUUUUUUGUAAUUUUUAAUUUUGGUAAUCGAACAAGAAAAUAGAAUCAUGUAUUUUAUACAAACUAGUUGUUUCUUCCGAUGAAUAGGGAUGAAAUUAGCGUAAGUGAUCGGACAUGAACAAACCUUCAGGAGAUAUACGAGUUGUGUAUGUCUAAAUAAAACAAAUAUGUAAAUAAAAUGUUGACUUUUUGUCUGUCUUAAUUGAUUUCAAUACUACAGAAGUAGGCGUACUUAUUUAUUAUUAAGUACUGAACCUUUUUCUACAUUUCUCAUUUUCUGUGUUUAGUCUAUAUUCCAAUUAAAGAAGAUAAAACCUUGUAAUAAUCUGAAAUAUAGGAUAAAUUGUUUUGUUCGGUGAUUAUUGUCUAGAAAAAAUCUAAUAUAAAUUGUAAUUGUUGUAGGUAUUUGUAUGACUUCUUUUGAAACUUCAUAGAUCAUAGUUAAUAUGCCUAAGUUAACAUAGAAUUACAAAUAUCAAUAAAUGUGGAUACAACUGUCUUGUGCAA